AUGAAGUGGAUCAUUUUAAUCUCUCUGUUUGCAGUGGCAUUCACUUUCCCUGUUGAUGAUAAGAUUGUUGGAGGGUAUGAGUGCAGACAGAAUGGCGUACCAUAUCAGGUGUCUCUGAAUGUCAGAGGCUCUCUGAUUAGCAAUCUGUGACUCCUGUCAGCCGCUCAUUGCUAUAAUUCAUAAGUAAAGUGUGUUGAGGUACGGUUGGGUGAGCACAACAUUGAGGUCAAUGAAGGAACAGAGCAGUUCAUUAGGUCAGCGAAAGUCAUCAGGCACCGCAGUUACAAUGACAACACUCUCGACAAUAAUAUCCUGCUCAUCAAGCUUAGCCGAGCCGCCAGCCUAAAUAGCUACUACGUGUCAAUUGUGGCUUUGCCCUCUGGCUGAGCUUCUUGGGGUACAAAGUGUACAAGCAGUGGCACAAGCUACCCUUCCUGUCAGAGGUGCUUGGAUGCCCCAGUCCUGAGUGACACCACUUGCAGAAAUUCUUACCCUGGUCAGAUCACUUCCAACAUGUUCUGCGCUGGCGUCAUUGAUGGAGGCAAAGAUUCUUGCCAGGGAGAUUCUGGUGGCCCAGUUGUGUGUAACAAUCAGCUGCAGGAUAUUGUGUCUUGGGGUUAUGGCUGCACUCUUAAGAAUAAACCUAGUGUCUACACCAAAGUCUGCAAUUACAAUGCCUGGAUUAGGGACACCAUGAGCUGCUAUUAG